CGUCGAGAGCGGACACAGAGUCCAACAGCCAUUCCCUUUUUUUUUCCCUCGAAAGACGAACGAAGUGUUAACCCAAUAUGCUAAAGUGGACAGCCUCGGCCCAGCGCCUGAACGAGUUGCCGCAGGAGCAGGACGUUGCAGAGGGAGGCCAGCGUCAGAGAAGGAGACAGCAGCGACGCCAUCGACGUGCCACCAUUGCCAAUAAGGAGAACGUGCCCGACUAUGGCUACACCUCCACACCACUGGUAGUGCCUCUGCCGGCGGUGUCGCGCCUGCGCAAUAGUCCUUUGGUCCUGGCGCCACUCAGCGAUAUCCGUAAUAUAACCCCAGAGACGGCGGCGGCGACGGUGUCUCCAGCAACGCAGCGGGUCCAAAGUGUACGCUAUGCCACCACCCUGCCACGCUUUGCGGAGGACUACUCACCCAAUGGGGUGCUCAUGCCGGGCCAGCACUUGGCGCUGAGAGGACUGGCUCCCCUGGAUCCCUUCCUGGGACAGCCACGCUACAUGGCAAGCCAGAGGGAAACCAAGCGCAAGCUGGACGAUGAUCUGGUGGCCACCAUGGAGGAGACACCAAUACCAGCUACCACGACAACUUCAGCACCAGUUCCAGCUUCUGCUCCCCUACGUCCCAGCACCCCGCAGCCCGCCUCCACCCAGAUGGGUGACCAGACACUGGAUCGCCUGAUAGACGCCAUCCUGGACUCUGCCUGCAAGGCGGAUGCCAGCUCUAAGAAAAAGCCACGUCGCUGCCGCUCCACCUUCAAUCUGCGCCGUCGCACCCUGGUCAAGCAGCAGCUGGAUGCGGAUUGCGGUCGCCCAGAGGUCUUGUCGCCCUCCUACGCCCCGGGAGAUGAUCCUGCCAGCGAUCUUAGCUUUGGCAUGAUAAUGCCACUGACCAUGACCACACCCGAACCGGCCUCACCUUUGGUGAGGAUACCACAUCAGGUCCUGGUGCAGCUGCCCACCCCUAAGGCUUCAGGGCCUCAGAAAUUGGGUGACAACACCUUCUGCCUAGAGACGCCGGUGAGGAGUCUGAAGAGGAGCCGAGUGGCUGCCAGGGAGGAGGCAAAGGAGUCGCCUCUGAAGAGAUACAAGGUGGAUGAGCGCAACUAUUUUGAGGUGGGACUGGCACUGCCAUCGUCCAUAUAUGUGUGAGGGGAGAUCCUGCUAGGAGAUCCUGGAGAGAAAAAGAAGCUAACGGCGGGAAAAGCCUGAAAGCCAGCUGACAAACGGGGGGAAAACGCUUAACUAUGACGCUUAACUAGUUCCUAAGUCCUUUAACUAAACCCCAAAAAUCCUGUAAAUAUUUAUAUCCUUUUAGUUAAACAAAUUAUUUAUUUCUAGUA